AUGCACAGGGUCAACACAUCAACAGUAUCUGAAUUUAUUCUCAUAGGCCUAUCUGAUGCUCCAGGGGUGCGUUUUUUUCUUUUUGUGCUGUUUUUGAUCAUCUAUUUGGUCACCAUGGCAGGCAACAUCACAGUGUUUGUUGCCAUUAGCACAGAUACUCGUCUGCACAACCCUAUGUACUUCUUCCUUGGCAACUUAUCCCUACUGGAUAUCUUAUGCCCCACUAUUACUGUGCCAAAGAUGCUGGAGGUCUUGUUGUCUGAGAACAAUGUGAUUUCAUUCAGUGGCUGCAUAUUCCAGCUGUUCUUCCUCAUUGAUGUUGUAGGCACAGAGAUUUUUCUCUUGGCUGUGAUGGCAUAUGACCGUUACGUUGCCAUAUGUCAUCCGCUGCAGUACGUUAAUAUUGUGAGUAUGAAACUAUGUGCUCGCCUAGCCAUUGGCACCUGGAUAGCAGGACUUUUUAAUUCUCUAUUGCACACAUCUUUGAUUUUUACACUCUUUUUUUGUGAUUCUAAUGAAGUUGACCAAUAUUACUGUGAUAUUCCACCUGUGAUGGCCCUCUCCUGUUUACCUACUUACAGUAGGGAACUGGUGAUUCUUAUAGUAGCUGGGGUCCUUGGAAGCAGUGCCUUUGUGGUCACUCUGGUCUCAUAUGUGUAUAUCCUUUUGGCUAUCCUGUACAUGAACUCUGCUGAGAGCAGGCACAAGGCUUUCUCCACUUGCAGCUCUCACUUGACAGUGGUAUGCCUUUUCUAUGGGACUACUAUUUGCACGUAUGUACGGCCUUCUUCUGCCUACUCACCUGAUCAUGAUAGGAUAGUUUCCAUGCUCUAUGGGAUCCUCACUCCGCUGCUAAACCCCAUAAUCUACAGUCUGAGGAACAAAGAAGUCAAAUGUGCCCUUGGAAGAGUAAUCAGCCAGGUGAGAACUAUUUUAACAAAAUAAGAACAUCUUUCUGCCUCUGGCCUCCUCUGGAAGCCCAAGCAAUUGGAUAGGGACUGCUGGUAAUGACAUCUCUUACUUUAAUCAUCUAAAAGACAGAUCCUGGAAAGAAACUCCUUCUCUGGACUCCGUUUACAGUUAAAAGGGAGAAGUAUGCAUCUCCAGACAGCUAACUGGAUGGCACAACUCUGGGUCAUUAUUACAGGAGGAGGUGACCUUGGCUUGUAAUCUUUUCCUCCAUUGAGCAUGGAAGAAGCUUAGAUGAGAACCUUGGUCUUAAACAUGGGUGUUGCCAGCCAGGUACUGUAGGCACACUUAAUGGUGCACACACUUCUGUUAAAGUAGUUUAUAGAACUGUUUCCUCUUACUGACCAUUUCAUUCCUGUGGAAAAUAAUGUAACUGUAUCCUCUGUGGGAGACUGACUGGAGGGAAAGCUCCUUUGCUAUCAUUUAAGCUCAUCAGUCUGGGUGUUUUCAACUGGCAUGCCAAUAGUUCAACAAGCAUAUCUGGCCAUAGCUUGUGCCACAUAUCUCAGUCUGCCGGCAUGUGAAUCAGCUCCUACAAACUGGAGAUAUCGGCUAUGCUGAUAUCUAUACAGUAAAAGGAAUCCUAGAAAACUAUAGCAAGUGGGACAAUGGGGAGGCUUUUCAGUCAUGGACUUUCUGUGACCACUGUCUGGGCCUGCCCUGGCUUUUCAGAGUGUUGGUGGACUGAAGGAAGGCUUAUCGAGUGUGCUUUAGGUCUGUGAGUCCAUAACCAGGAACAGCACUUCCAAGUGAAAGCAAAGGUAUGGCUGACAAAAAGGUGGAAACGGAUGCAAGAGAAGGGGAGUACUGUGCCAUCUCCUUUGUGCAUUCUGGCUGUAAAUCUGUGUAUACCUUAACUACGUGCCUCUGUGCUGGGGUGAUAAACUUACAGCUUGAUGUGGACCUGAGGCUGUGUUAAAACAGUGUGCUAAAUAGCUGAUAUUGCACAUGGUUCCUUAAAAAAAAAAAGAAAAAAAAAAGGUGAAGGAUGUCUUUUAGUGGCCUUUCUGUGGUUGCUGCCCUGACAUGAAGGCUAAACUAAUGACUUAUCUGCAGGAAGUCAGAUCUUAGUGAUAACAAAUGCACAUUCUUAUACUAUGGAAGUAAUCUGAACUUCAUUCUUAUCUGUAGAACAUGUUUGCAAUGUGUUCAUAGGGCAACUAAUAACCAAAAGAGCUUUUGCCUACAGUAAUGUAUUCUGAGUUGUUGUUUUGAAAAUAUUUCACCAACUUAAGAAAUGACAUGAAAGUCUAUCCAAGGACAUUUAAGUUUCAAUGCCAAGUUUUAAGAAGCUGCUAAACCCACACAUGUAUCCAUACCACUACAAAGUCUCCAACAGAAUUCAGUGUGCUGACUGACCUACAGUAAUCAUGGGAUUAAGUCACAUAAGCACGUUUUAUUAAUGACCCUAGUCAUCUUUCCUGGUCCCUAGUUUAUGCUUAAAAUUAAUGAAAAUAAAUAAAAACUAUAAUAAUAAUAAUAAUAAUAAUAAUAAUAAUAAAUAAACAAACCAAAAUAUUCAGUCCUGUUUCAUUUCCACCAGCUGGCUGAAGAGAUCAGAAAUCCUGUGAAAUAUGGGGGUAAUUACCUAUUACGUGUAGAGUGACAGGUAUUUCCAUGGUGUUAUCUGUGAUUCUUGAUCUAUGACAGUAGAAAUAAUUUUCCAGAAACAGCCACAUUGACUCCUGAGCCAUCUGACAAAUUGCAAAGCAUUUAUCAAUGUAGACAGAGGGACAGUCUGCUGUUCAAAAAAUGAGCACAGAAAACUUGUUAUAGGCUGGUGCACCAUUCCCCUUCAAUGGUCAUUAAACAACUGCUCUGCAGGGUCACAAAAAUUACUGUGGAGAUGAUGUGGGGAUGGGGAGGAGCAGCUAUGCUGGUUCCUUGCAAAUCCAAAGAUUCUGGUUGCUAGAUCUGGAAUUCUGAGAUCAGACUUGCUCAGGAAGCAUUUCUGUUUCACACCUCAUGAGCUUUUUGUCCUCUUUAUGUCCUAUAUGUUGGAUAGGAGAGUAGCAAUCAGCUUCAUAUUGCUAUGGUUCAGCAUUAGUGGCCUGUAUGUGCCUGGGUGGGCUGCGACAGACCCGCUGAACAGAAAUGCCUGCAGAGCAGUGGAUGUGAGAGUAAUGAGUCAGGCUGUAAAAGGAGAAUCCCACAGCUUUGUAGCUGAGGGCAGCCCCAGCCUGCACAGCAUGGCCCCAAGCAGCAGUGGUCAGAGGGGUGCUUAUGGCCGUGUUCUCGCUGCCACAGUUCCACUGUCCAAAAAUCCAUCUCCUGUGUGGAGUUCUCAGACCAUCUGCUGCAUGUCCUGGAGCAGACGCUUCAUGGCCCACUGAGUUUUGCCCCUGCUUACACCUCUUGGCAAUGGACAUGCCAGCGCCAAGGAGUAUGUGGGGAAAUGCUGAGAUCUGCACGGCAGCUGCAUGGGUGUGAUGGUGAAAUAGAUGUUCCUGAGGCCAACAGUCUGGGGUGAGCUGCCUGAGGAUUCAGAGUCACUGCUGGGGCCGAGCAAAGACAAUGAGGAAGCACAGCAAGUAAAGGGGAGAGAAAUGGGUUCAGAAGGGGAAGAAAAACCAAAAAAAUGCCUGUAAAACAAAGACCACACCCAUGCAUUAGUGACAAUGUUUUCUUCUACUCUGGCUAGGGCCCUUCCCUUCCGGAGUGUAUUCUGCAAGGGAGGAAAGGGUCAUCCUUGCCAGUAAAUCCUAAAAGAAGUGGUCAUAAGAGCUGUGGUGGUGUACUUGUAUGUACUCUGCUUGCUACCACGCUCCUCUUCUGUAAGAGUAUUUGGUAUCCUGUUACUGAGAAUGCCUCUCAAAGUGCCUCAGUUGAAAAACCUAUAGCUAUGAAAAUAGAUCUUAAACUGAAUCAAUUUCUGAAGUAGCCUCCUUUAAUUGGGAUUAAAGAUCAACUGCAUACUUUAGGAGACUUUAGAAGAAUGAAGCACUGCUGAAGGACUUAUUUGGGAAAGAUUAAAAGCUCCCUUCAGUUCAUUUUGUAGGGCUUAACCACAUCAUUCAGGGCAUAGCAUUUCUUUGUUAUAGAAACUGAUGUAGAAAGUCGUCCAUGGGGGUGAGCGUACUGCAGUGGAUGUGCUGUUCUAGACCCUUUAUGCUAGGCAUGCCUGGUGUUUGUGGGGCAUGCAGCUGCCUAAUUUGUGGAGGCCUGGGGUGCUUUGUGUCAGGAAUAUGUUGCACGUUGAUUAUCACACGUCUCACCCAUCCUGGAAUGGUUCAGUAGCAGCAGAUGUUGGAGCAAGACUACCCUUCUGGUGUCUUCUCUCUUUGGAUUUGAGGAAAGACCUGCUGUGACCUCCAUACUUGUUCUGAUUUCAUUCUUCAUUUCCCUGUAUUGAGGAAACUGGUGGGAAAAAAAACAAACCUGGUGUUGUUUCUCAGACACAGCAUUCGUUCUUAUUGAAGGGUUAUAGAAGAUUCAAUGGAAGAGGCUAUAUUUUUUCCUGUGUUAUCACAGAGCAGCAUCUUCAAUGUCAUCUUUUCUGGCUUCAGUGCUGGUACCCUUUAUUCUUCAGCUAAGUACUGUGACUAAUUCCUUUUCAACACAAACAUCUCUCCACCUAGCUCAGGAAGGCCACACUUUAAGUCCAGCACUCUCUAAAAUGCACUCAUAUGUGCGUUCUUCUACUGCCUAAUGACUCGUUUUCACUUGUUCUUUAUAAGUUAGUGAUACUUCAGUUUUCAUCUAAGGACUAAUUCAGAUUUUCCCAUUGAGAUUUAAAUGAAAAGGUUCUGUCCCACCCAUUGUGGACAAAAGAAAAUAUUUUGCUCCUUCCAAUUUUUUAGGCAUUUUUCCACUAUCAGUUAACACAGCAACUUUUUAGGCAUAGUAUUUUUCCUAGAUUGCCUCCUGAAUAUGGUUAGGUCAUUUUUAAAAUGAUACUGAAUCAAAGAGUUUGUUCUCAUGUCAAACAGAAUGUAGGCAAAAUGAAAGUUAGAAAAUACAAGUCACACAGACUGAACAAAGUCAGAUUGUUUUAAGCAAUACCUAUAUUGAUAUACUGGGGGAAGGGGAGGGGAGAGAAUUCCUCCACACCUGGAAUAUAACAAAGGUUUAAAAAUAUAUAUAUAUAUAUUUAAAUAGUCUUCUGUAUUCAUGCUUACCACAGAACUUCUGCUUGCAACCCUGUGACCUUACCAGACACGUUUUAGUGUUCUGUUUGCAUUGCUGUUUCUGCUCUUAUCAGUAGACUGUCCU